AGAGAGAGAGGCCAUCGGUAUCAAAACCAAAGAACACAGGAUAUCGGCGCGCAGAGAGAGAGAGAGAGAGAGAGAAGGCGAUCGACCAUGAACGUAGAAGAAGAAGUCCAGCGACUCGAAGAAGAAAUCAAACGACUUGGCAAGCUCCAAGAUGAUGGCUCUUUCAAGGUCACAUUCGGGGUGUUAUUUAACGACGACAGGUGUGCUAAUAUAUUUGAAGCAUUGGUGGGAACUCUGAGGGCAGCAAAGAAACGUAAGGUUGUGUCCUACGAUGGGGAGCUGCUGCUGCAGGGCGUUCAUGAUAACGUCGAAAUUACCCUCAAGCCCACCACCGCCACCGCCACUGCCACCGCCACCGCCACCUGACCUGACCUUUAUCGUUUGCCUCAUUAAAUUCACGCUUUCUUCUGUGGUUACACUCGCAUGUAAGGAUUUUAUUUAUAAAAGCAAGUACCAUUCCUCCAUUCUGGCCGGCGAGCAAGCUGCAUUGUCUUGUUAUGGCUUUCUUAAGGAACUGAUUAUUAUUAUUAUUUUCCAACGGAUUUCAAGCUUUUCUU